UCGGAACGGAGAUGCAGGAAUGUUUAUGCUGCUCACGGGGAGUGCGCGAUAUGCGUCGGACCAACCCGCGGUGCUGCGAGCUUUGAUCUCCGGGUCGGCCUCAGGUUACCAGGGAAACAUCGUUUCCAGAAAUGGCGAGAGGUUGCUGGCUUGGUCUGUUGCUGCUGCCGUUGCUGUGUCUGGUCGUACUGACGAGGAGCGAAGAGGACGAGAAUUCUGAGGACAUCAGGUGCAAGUGCAUUUGUCCACCGUACAAAGAUAAUGCAGGCCAUAUCUAUAACAAAAAUGUAACACAGAAAGAUUGUGACUGCCUACAUGUUGUAAUACCCAUGCCAGUUGCUGGACAAGAUGUUGAAGCUUAUUGUUUAAGAUGUGAGUGCAGAUAUGAAGAAAGAAGCUCUGUUACAAUUAAGGUAACGAUUGUUAUUUAUUUGUCCAUCCUGGGCUUGCUGCUACUUUACAUGAUUUAUCUGACGUUGAUGGAACCCUUGCUGAAAAAACGAUUGUUCCAUUCAAGGCCACUGCAGAAUGAAGAGGAUUUUGGGGACACACAGCCAUUUGCCAAUGCCCACGAUGUGCUGUCUCAUUCUCGGUCACGUAGCAAUGUUUUGAAUAAAGUUGAACAUGCACAACAGCGCUGGAAAAGACAAGUUCAAGAACAGAGAAAGUCUGUUUUCGAUCGUCAUGUUGUCCUCAGCUAAAAACACUGCCUUUUAAAGAUUUUGCAGGAAAACUCAGUGGACCGACAAAUCUGAUCUCUUCAGGAUUUCACCUGCUGAUAGAAUUUCUUUAACUUUGAUACCCUGAUGUAAAUUCUUUGGCACAUGUGUAAUAAUCACACUUGUGUUUGAUAAUAUCUUGUUAUUGGGAUUUUCAUUUGCAUUUGGAGAGUUUACCCUAACUUUUGCCCAUCAAUAAAUUUAUGGUAUAGUUGUGGAACAAGUUGUACAAGAUAACAUCGUUAACAUUAAUUAUAAGCUAAUUAUAAAAAUGUAUCUAAAAAUUACUAUUUUCCUUGAUGCUUUAAUUAUGUGGUUAAGUUACAAAAAUUUUGGAAGUUACUGUACAUAGUAUUUUGAGCUGUUAUAAAAUUAGCAACCUUAAUAAUGAUCACAGGAUGCCUGUAAAACAAAACAAAUUCUUUGUAAAAGUCUAAGCACUCCCUGUCGUAAAGGAAGUGCCUAAGAUAUUUGUUGACACCCAACAAUUAAUUUUCAUUUUUAUUUUUAAACUGAGUCUUUAAUGAAUUAAUGAAACCUAAAGAUGACAACUAUAAACACAAUUAUAAAGGUAACUAAUCAAAUAUUAGUGUAUGUUCUGGCUGAGCAGUUGUUUACGACCAAUCUGAUGAAGUGUAGAAAAAAAAAUCAACACUGAUGGUAACACUGAUUAAAAAUAGUUUGUGUAUUGUUGCAUACCCAUAUGUUGCAGAAAUAAUCAUUUAAAUAUUAUGUUGGGCUAAUGAUACACCUUUUAAAGUUAUUUGUUUUACACUAUUUUACACCAAUAAGUGUUGAAGUGCCUGUUCUUCAUUCUGCUUUAAUGGAUGGGUUUUCUAUAGUCUUGGAUAUGUUUCAUUCGCAUUUUACUUCCUAUCUUCCUUUAGCAAUAAAGACUUAUUCCAGGUGGCAAAAUUCUGGUGGUUUAGUAGCUCUGUUCCAGCUACAUUUCUCAAGUGUUAGCUAAGAUAUUCUGUUGUGGAACUGUACUACAGUGGAAAACACUAUUGCCAAGUUCAAUGUUGUUUGCACCUAUCUAUGCACUUGAAGUAUUGAACAAGUGACCAACAGGUUGUGAGUAGACAAUCUGGCCAGUCAGUAACAUUUUUCUUUCCUGCAGCAAAUGGGUAAUGAGACUGGAUUUUAUCAUAUUUUUUCUGUCACAUCUGCCUUGCACCUAAAGUCUGCUGAUUUUUUUAAAUCUAGUGAUUGAACAAAAGAUGAUUAUUCUUUGUAUUUAGUGCUGUAAUUGCCAAGGAGGAGGCUAGACCUUGUAUAUUUGGGUAUUAACAUGAAGAUUACCUACGUUUUUAUUUCAUAUGUUAUGAUUUUUUUUCUGUCUGUGAAAUCUGUCACUUCUAUCAGCUAUAGGUUUUCUCUCCAGAAUAUUUUAUAACUAUCUGCUAGAAUAAUUGGAAAAUUGGUAUUUUGCUGCUUUAUUUCCUGUAAAAGGGAGCUCUUUGAACAAUGCCUCAUCUAAAACUAACUUGUCCAUGUGGUAAACUGGGCAUCAGGGUCUAUUAAUACAUAUGGACCAUGUUCAGUUUUAUCUGAUGUACAACUGGCAACAUGUUGGUAUUUUUACUGGUUAAUGUAGGCCACAAUGUUGGGCAGACAAAAAGUUUACUUUUAAAACUGCACUUGUGUUUUAAUUUUACUCACUAGUAAACUCCAGCAUUGUAAUCUGAUUUGACAUUGAUUGCUAGCAUGUUUAAAUUUGAAAUCAAAUUAGAUCUUUCCACAAGAAAAUUGAUAAGAUGCAUCUCUUUAUAAUUUUGCAUAAUUCAAUCAAUGAAUUCUCACUGUUAACAUAUUAUUGCUGCACAAUUAACCAAAUGUCAGGAUUUAAUGGAGACUUCAAAUUCAAUUCAGUAAUGAAAAGAACUACAUAGUACUAAAUCCUUAAUGUAAGGCGUAUAUCUCUCCCAAAAUUCCCCCCUUUGGCUUUUUCUCCAAAUAAUAUAAUAUAAAUAUCAUAAGAUGUAAUUAAUAAACAUUUUUAAAAUCUUGUUUCUUGAAAUUACUAAUUGUUCAAUUGCAGUGGGUGAUAAUCAGUCAUGAUAUAUAUUUUACACAAGUUGAACUUUGAUCCAAUUCGGAUCCUAACUGAUUAUUUCUAAUUCUCUAUUUCAGAGUUGCCAAAAUUUUAAUCAUUUUUGAAUGCCUCAUUGAAAUCACCACACUUAGAUCUUGACAAGCUACUGUAGCAAAAAAUAAAGUAACUGAUGAAACAUUUUACAGAAAGGCCUUAAUGAAAGAUGUUGAUGUCAUUAUGAAUAAGUUAUGUUUGAAACACCCAAUACUUCAUUAAAUCAGUCAAACAUUAAUUGCAUCUUUUGGAUAUUCUCUUUUUUCAUUAUCUUUCAUAUUUCAUUUAAGAAUUAAUUUAAUUCAUUUUGAAUACAUCUAUGAAAACUUUCAGCAAUAGCUUAUCAUUGACCAUUUAACAUUUUACUUUUCCAUUGGGUGGGGGAAUGCUUUGCUCAUCAAUUUAAAUCUCCUCUUCAAUGUUUUUAAGUUGUACCAGUUAUCUCAUCAACAGACAAAUAAUCUAUCUCAUUAUUUAUUAUAAUUAUAAAACAAUAUAAGUCAAUUCCUCAUCAUCGCAGUCACUUGGCUUCUAUACUGGUUAAUUAAACAAAUCUAUUAAUAUAUUUCAUGAUAUUUUCUUGUAUUAAUCCUAUUUUCCUUUUGCAUCAGUACUGUAGCUCUCAACAUUGCCCUGGGUAAAUUAUUGUAAGUAAUUGAAACAGCGAUCUUCCUACAUUAUAUUUGGUGAAUUACCUUUUUGAAUGAACCACUUAAUGGCUCUUAAGGAUUUAUUCAGCUGUUAGUCAAUGGAUGUAUCAUGUGGUUUUCUCCUUUUUUUUCUCCCUCUCUUAUGGAAUUAUUUGAAACUUUAUCAUUCAAGAAGUUUAAACAAGAUUGUAUCAGCCUAAAAAAUAAUAUCACUAUCUUCACAAUGUAGAAGUUAAUGACCAUAUGAUAUAUCUUCAGGAUUUCACCUCUGUCUAUUUUAGUAGCAUGCAUUAACACACUUCAACAAAAAUGCUUUCAUAGAGUCAAUAAACUUGCUUUGUUUUAAGUUCUUGUCCAACUAGAGCUAAUUCUUUUGUUAGGACUCAUCAAGUCACCUACCAUAUGAAUAAAAGCAGGUUCAAUUUGACUUUGCAAAUAGACUUUAUAUUUUCCCCAUCAGCGCGCGCACACACACAUUUUGUAAAAUCAAGACUUGAGCUCCUAAUCUUCUGUACUUUGUUUUAAGAUUUACAGUGAAACUUUGUAUAUCUUUAUCUUUAAUAAAUUUAUUUCUGUACAAUUUAAUAAUAUUUCUAUCAUUGCUUUACACCCCUCUGAUGGAGUUUUCAUUCAUUCACUUGUAAGCUCAAAAGCCUACAAAAUAUAUGACAUUAAUGUAGCAGAUUGUAUCUUCCAUCUUUAAUACAGGAAAAAUUUCCAAUAUGCUACACAUAAACAUCAUCAGACUUCUGCAGCACCUAUAGGUGCUGAUGCCCAAAUGCUUCAAAAAAUGUGGUAAGUUUUUGGAAUGAAAAUCAAAAAAAAUUGUGGAUAGUCAUAAAGCACAAAAGCAGGCCUUUCAGCUUAACUCAUCCAUGCUGAUUAACUGUGUUAGUCUCAUUUGCUUGUGUUUGGCCAAUAUCCCUCCUUUCCUACGCAUAUAACUCUAACCUCCUCUGGUAGCUUGUUCCAUAUAUUUGCUACACUCCUGUCUCUAUCAAAGUUUUCCCUUCUCACUUUAAACUUGUGCCCUCUAGCUUUCGACUCACCCACCCUGGGAAAAACAACUUUGGCUAUUCUCCCAAUAAAUGUCUGUCAUGAUUUUAUAAACCUUUACAAAGUCACCCUUCAGCCUCCUAUAUUUCAGGGAGAUUGUCCUAGCCUACCCUGCCUCUCAUAACCCAAGUCCUACAGUCCAGUAUCAUGGUAAAUCUUUGUACACCCUCUCCAGUUUAAUGACAUCUUUCCUUUUGAAGGGUGAACAGAACUAUUUGGUACUUUAAUGUGACCUUACCAAUGUUUUGAAUAGCUCUGAUGUUCCAACUCCUGUACUCUGUAUUCUGACAGCUGAAGGCAAUUAUGCCAAACUUUUUCCUUCACCACCCAAUCAACCUAUGAUGCUGCUUUCAAAGAAUCUGCACCCUUAGAUCUCUCUUCUACAACACUCCCCAGGCCUUACCACUUACUGUGCCAGUCCUGCUCUGGUGUUUCUUACCAUAAGGCAACAACUUGCAUUGCUUGAACUGAACUCCGUGCCAUUCCUUGGCCUAGUGGCCCAGUAAAUCAAUAUCCCAUUGUAAUUUUGGAUAACCUUCUCUGCUGUAGCACCAACUUUAGUAUCAUCCACAAACUUACUAACCAUUGUCAACCAAAUCAUUAAUAUAAAUGAAGAACGUUAGAAGACCCAGUGCAGCACACAACUGAUUACAGGCCUCCAAUCUGAAGAACAAUCCUCAGUCUCCUACUGUAAAGCCACUUUUGGAUCCAAUUUGCUAUUUUGUAUGGAUCCUAUGUGAUUUAACUUUCUGAACUAACCUACCAUGCUGUACCUUGUCAAGGGCCAUGCUGAAGUCCAUGUAGAAAAUAUCUACUGCAUUUCCCUCUUCUAUCUUGAUUAUCUUGUCAAAAAACUAAAGCAAAUUCAUGAGACACCAUUUCCAAUAUACAAAGCCAGGCUGACUAUCACUAAUCAGUCCUUUCCAAAUACAUGCAGAUCUCUCUCUCAGAAUCCUUUCCAAUAACUUACCCACCAUCAACAUUAGGCCCACUGGUCUAGAGUUCCCAGGCUUUUAUUUGUACAAAACUAGCCUUACUUCCAUCUUCUAGCACUGCAGAUGAUAUUGGAGAGGUGCUCCGUUGGUCGGGAUCGACCAUGAAUGUUGUUAUCUACGUAGCUGGUGCAGAACCAGCAGUCAAUGCGCAAGCCAGGGUAGUACGAUAUGGAGAGCAAGCUGUCGCCUAUGCAGCAGGCUCUCUGUCUCCACAUAGCUGACUAAUCCAAAGGAACAGUGGAGACCAAAACUAUUCGGCACCAAUGGCAUUGCAGGAGUUGCUGGUCAAUGCUGAACUCAAUGUAAACAUAGAAACAUAGAAAAUAGGUGCAGGAGUAGGCCAUUCGGCCCUUCGAGCCUGCACCGCCAUUUAUUAUGAUCAUGGCUGAUCAUCCAACUCAGAACCCAGCCUUCCCUCCAUACCCCCUGACCCCCGUAGCCACAAGGGCCAUAUCUAACUUCCUUUUAAACAUAGCUAAUGAACUGGCCUCAACAGUUUGCUGUGGCAGAGAAUUCCACAGAUUCACCACUCUCUGUGUGAAGAAGUUUUUCCUAAUCUCGGUCCUAAAAGGCUUCCCCUCUAUCCUCAAACUGUGACCCCUCGUUCCAGCUCUGCAUUUUUCCUCAGGGUUUACUCCCGAAGCCUUCCCCAUGAGUUUUUAUAACCAUGAGUCAGUGAAGGUUUGAGAUCAGAGCUUUCUUUCUUCUAGAUGAGCUGCCAACUGUGGUUGACAUCCACCAUCUGUCCAAAUGUACAUGAUAUUGAUGAAACAACUAUCUCUGCAAGGGGCCCUUCAGUUUCUAUCCUUGCUUCCUACAAUGACCUAGGAUGCACCUGAUCAGGCCCCAGAGGUUUACCUACCUUUAUGUGUUUUAAGCACCUUCUCUUCUUUAAUAUGGACUCUCUUCAAGAUACGAGGGGUGAUUGAUAGGUUCAUGGCCUAAG